GCACAGGCUGGGCCAGAACUUGAGAUCCUCCUGCCUCAGGCUUCCAGAGUGCUGGAAUUACAGGCGCACACGAACCCGUGCAGUUUUCUAAUGGUUGUUAGGAUCAAAGCCAUAACAUCUGACAUACAAGGAAGCUCUUUAAAUUCUCUUUGUUUUCUCCCUAUCCUUAAGGUUCCCUGUUCCAGCGCUCGGCUCCUGGGUUUCCCGUUAUGUUACUGAAUGGUAGGAAGCAGCCUAGGCCCCGCCUAUCUCCACCUCCAGCCCCAACCCCGGGUGAGGACAGCAAACCACCAAGAUGCCUGCCGUUUCUUUUUGUUUUAUUAGUAUAUGCUUGCAAUAUAUAAUGAUCGUAUAUAAUGACUGGACUCAUGGUGGGUUGUUGGUGCACUUACCUACGUAAUGCAUCGGGGGUUUUUUGGUUCUUUGUUUUUGGGGGACAGGGUCUCACUACGCAGUUCAGGCUGGCUUUGAACUCACUUUUUAGGGCAGGCUGGGCUCGAACUCGUGACGAUCCUCGUGCCUCAACCUCCCGAGUGCUGGAAUUACAGGUGUGUACCACCACGCCCGGCUACGCAUCUUAAGCCUUCCUACAUCCCUACCACCACCUGUCCUCGCUCAGUCAACUCAGUCCUCUCGAGUGAGAGGCGGCCCGGAAGUGGGAAGGAGGGGCACCGCGGCUCCGUGACGCACUUCCGGCCUGGGGUGUUUGUUUUCUUUUCUCUCUAGUGGAGCUAGCCGAUUCCGGCCCGGAUACCUUCAGAAGGGUGAGCGCUUCGGGGGGCGGGGGCGGUUGGGGUCCGUCUAUGAGAGCCUGCCACGGGGCUGGCCUCUCAGUUCCACAUCAGCUCCUCUCACCAGAAGCCGACAGUUGGAGGAAGUCGGCAGAUUCCGGAAAAAACUCGUCCUGGAUCCUGACCUCCCAAAGCGCACGCAGAUGGCUGCGAGCUCCGGGGUCGCCGCGCCGCUCCCGCCGGAGGAAGUUGUGGUGAAAGUGGAGGAAGACUCGCGCGGGGUUCUGCAGUCAGACGCGCCCGGGGCCUGCGCGGAUCCCGAAAGCUCUCGGCGGCAGUUCCGGCAGCUGAGCUACCGCGAGGUGGCUGGACCAGAAGACGCGCUGAGCCGGCUUAGGGAGCUCUGUAGGCGGUGGCUGAGGCCCGAGCUGCACUCCAAGGAGCAGAUCCUGGAGUUGGUGGUGCUGGAGCAGUUCCUGAGCAUUCUUCCUGGGGAGCUGCAGGCCUGGGUACGGGGACACUACCCGGAGAGCGGGGAGGAGGCCUCACCGGCCCGGGCCGCGCCCCAGGGAUUGGUGACCUUAGAGGCUGUGUCUGUAACCUGGGAAGAGUGGGAGCAUCUGGAUGCAGCUCAGAGGGACUUCCACAGGGAGAGUUCGCACAAGGAUUACCAGAGCAUGGUCCUGCCUAGUACUCAGGAGCCUGAGUCAAGAAGGGAAGUUCAAGGCCAGGCUGGACAACAUAAUGAGACCCCCUCCCUCAACAAAAGGUUCACAUUGAGGGAUUUGGUAAAAAUAUGUAUAUAUUGUUGUUAAUAUCUGCUGUGGUUUAAUAGAGAGCUUUGAGAGUCAAUAAUUAAUUCUUUUUGUUUGUUUUGGUUUUUUGAGACAGUGUCUCACUAUGUAAUUCAGGCUGGUUUUGAACUUACUGUGUGGCCCAGGCUGGCCUCAAACACACAGUGAUCCUCCUGCCUCAGCCUCCCAAGUACUGGAAUUACAGGUGUGCAUCAUCACACCGAGCAAAAUGAACCAUUUUAAGUGGGGAGUAGUGGCACAUAUCUGUAAUCCCAGCUGUCUGGGAGGCUGAGGCAGAAGGAUUGCAAGUUCAAGUCUCAGCCUGAGCAAUUUAGUGACGUAGCCAGACUCUAUCUCAAAAUAAAAGAGGGCUCAGGACAUAGUUCAGUGUGAAAGUUCAAUAUUUCAGUACUUGGGUUCAAUCCCCAGUAUAAAAAAUAUAAGUAUAUACAUAGAUAAAAAUGAGCAACAGGGCUUGCAUGUGGUACUUGGCAUGUGCUUUCAUGGUGUUCAUAGGCCCUGGGUGCAAUCCCCAGCACUGCAAAAACAAAAGCAAACAAAAACCAGUACUUGAAGAACAAUUAGAAAAAAUUAUAAACUGGGGUUGUUUGAUGAUUAAUCCUUCUUGGCUUCAGAGACAUCUAGGAUAUUAGGAAAGCACAGUUCUGUGAGUGGGUAGGUCAUGAUGAAAGGGAAUUUCCAGGCAUAUGGAUUUUUUUUUUGGUACUGGGGAUCGAACUUGGGUCCUUGCGCUUGCACAGCAGGCGGUGAAACCGCUGAGCUAAAUCCCCGGCCCCAGGAAUAUGGAUACUUUUAACAAAAAAAUAAUUGAAUUGGACAACUAUGUAUUAACUGUGUUUAAACAAUUAUCAGUUAACUAGGUAAUUACGCCCUUUGUAGAAUGUACCUGAGUAGCCAUGACAACUUCUAUAAUCUAUUGCCAAAGGAGCAUAACGGAUUCAGAAAGUGCUGCCAGAACUCUUUGCCACCCGGCCCCGCUCUGCUUUGUGAAAAUCCUGCUUGCUAUAUUUCCAGGGAAACUCCAAUGGAAUUAACUAACCAAUCCUCUGUUUCUGCUUCUAUACCUCCUGCUUGCAACCCUACAAAACUGCCGGCCCGCCAAUAUUCUAGACCUGACCUCUUUGGGGAAAAAUCCUGGUUGGUCCGGGUCCGCCAGUGUAAAUAAAGCUGUUUACUGCUUCCAAACCUCUGGGUGCUGUCUGCUUCCUGGUUCUGGUUCUAGUUCAUUCCACAAUGGGGUUGUGGCCUUAGGCACUAGAUCUGGUCCCUAUGCCCUUCUUCUCCACCUCUUUCCCUGACUCUGUGUUUCUUGGCUGCUGUAAAGUGAGCAGCUUCUUUCUUCCAUGCUCUUAUGCCAUAAUGUGUCUGCCUUCAAAGCAGCUGACCAUGGACUGGAACCUCUGAGACUGUGAGGUGUGAUCAAAAAUAUUGUGUAUGUUGCUGCCCAGUGCUGCUAUCUAACUGAAAAGGAGACUUGUAAAAACGUGAUGGUUUGUCUUCAUCCACCUUCUUCACUGGAUCUGGCACUAUGCAACUUCUGGCUCUUCCUCAAAGUCAAUACGACCAGUGAAAGGUAAAGGUUUCAGACUAAUUCAGGACAUUAAAACAGCCAUAACAGCACAACUGAAGAUGUUUAUAAGAGGAUUUCCAGAACUUCUCUAGGAAAUGGCAAGAAUGAUGGAAUAAAUGUGUGCAAAGGAAGGGGGACUGUUGUUCUGUUUUGGUUUGGUUUGGUUUUUGGUUUUUUGAGACAGGGUCUUGUUUGUAGUGCAGAGGGCCCUUGACCUCACUGCGUAGCCCAGGCUGGCUCAAACUCCUGGCAAUCUCCUGCCUCAACUUCCCGAGAGCCGGGAUUACAGGCGUGGGCCACCAUGCCCAGCUGGGAGAAGGAGUAUUUUGAGGGGGAUUAAUGAUAAUGUU